AUGAAAUAUCCAAUUAAUUCUAUUUUAUUAAAUCUAUCGUUACCACUUCUUAAUGCAAAUGACAAUCGACAAUUUGAACCAUUAUCAGUGAAUAAUAAUUCACAAUUGCGUGUUUUAUUUACAACCACUUGUCAAGUUAUGCAUACACAAUAUUUAUUAGACGAUGAACAAUCUGUAUUUUAUUUUUAUUCUUCAAUAUUAGCACAAAAAUUGAAUGAUAAUAAUCUCGGAAAAAAUAAGACUAAAUCAUAUUUAACUUAUUGUCGACAAGAAAAAGAUUUUUCACAAUUAUUUUCACCUUCAAUAUCAUCAUCAACGUAUGGACAAAUUUUAUUUAGUUAUCCAAAUGUUCAAUUAUUUCAAUUGUUAAUAAAAUUGCCAACAAUAAAAAAUGAUAAAACAAUAAAAUUGAUUAAUUCUAAUAUGACAUCGAAUGAAAAAGAUGAAUUAUCUUCGACACCAUUUUUAACUAAAACAACGACUACCAUUACAACAUCCUUUUUUGCAAAUCAAACAAAUCCAAUUCAACGUGCAAAUAUUGGUCUUAUUAUUGGAAUUGUGAGUGCCUGUGUUUUGGUAUUAUGUCUACUUAUUUAUGCUAUUUGUAAAUAUCGUAAUCGAGAUGAAGGAUCAUAUAAAAUAGAUGAAAGUAAAAAUUUUGGAACAUAUUUAGAAGUCAAUGGAGGACAUGAUGAAACAUCAAAUGGACAUAAACAUCAUAAAUUGAUGUCAAAUGAUAAAUUGAGAAAUGUUGAAACACGAGAAUGGUAUGUCUAA